CGGGACGCUAGAGAUCUUCACAGUUACCAGUACCAGUAUGUUGUGAGACAGUGACUCUGCGACAUAUUUUUUGUGAUAAUGACCUCCCCAGAAAGAGGAGUGUCACCGAGUCUCCACUAGGGAUCUACCCAAUAUAUGCAACAAUCUCCCAGGUCGAACAAAACGACUCGACUUCCUCCGCGAAUCCGAUGCGCCGCCACACGAACUCUACACUCAAGUAGCCUCGCCGCAUGAGAUAGGAUGAAAGCCUGUAGGUAAUACAGGCUUCUCAUAUAUCAACAUGGCGCAAGAACUCCCGUCGUCGCUUCCGACGCAGUCGACGAUGAAACGCGCAGUUACUCUACCUCUGCGACCCUUGACUUCGAGUAGCUGGACACAACGCGAGAAGCCAGCAUCUUCGGAAUCUAUCGAGAGCCUGUAUAUACACCCGUCGGUGCGGAUUGUGUCCUUCGAAUCCUUCGGCUCCUCCUCUGUCUUCCAGAGACGAUCAAGUCUAAACACCCCGAACCUGGCUGAUGUUGAGGAGGAGGUUGGGACUUUACCAUGGUCUUCUACCUUCGAGAGAACCAUUGCAGUUGGUCCUCUCCGUAUCUACAGAGCCCGCGGCUCAGUUGCAUUCAUAAACUGCAGCAGUGUUAUACAACCAGUUCUACCGAAAUCCAGGUGCUGGUGUGUAGACGACGAUGCGACCAAAUUUAUUCUGCAAAUCAGGCGACCUCAAUUCUGGCGCAUUGAAGUCCCACUGGAUGACCCGAAUCACAAGGCAAAAUCACAGGAGCUCAAAGAUGUGUUGAGCCAAAUCUUGUUGUUUGAGAAGACGCCCUGCCCAUUUCGAAGGAGCUUUCACAUUGAGCUACCUGAACCACCCCAAACACCUGUCAAGAAGAAGCCCUGGAAACCUGUGGAGCAGCCGAGUUCCGCCAAUGUUGAUACCUUAUCCGCCAACGCCGAGGCGUCCGUGGAAGUAUCUCCAAAAUCUGGGAAAACUGAGGAUUACUAUGCGGCUGCUUCCUCGGAUGAUCACCCAGCGGUCCCUGAGAUGGACACGGACAGUGACGCGACUGAUGAUACGAACAUCACGCCUCGGAAUUACUUUCCUCGCGUCCCAAUUCCACAUAUCUUUAAGCAAGGACCCUUGAGCCGGCCUGAAGUCCUAGACACCGGGCGAUCAGUGACCGCAACUCAACAACUAACGUUGAUGACUUCGCCUCCUUCCAAAAGCACAAAGGGCUUAUCUCUUGGCUCUCCAGUUGGUAGAAAAUCCGAGGACUCAGCUUUAUCCAACUUCUCCUCGAGCCAGGACUCUUUCCACACGGUGCAGUCAUGGCACAGCCCCAUUACACCAAUGUUUCCAGAUUCGUCGGGCUCGAGACCCUCUACACCAACCACAUAUCCCUAUCCACACGAUAAUAUAAAGCUUCCAAAGCGAACACCUGAGCCACAAAAUGUCUCGGAAUUAACAAUUAGCCCCAGCUCAGAAACUCCUAAUACCCCGGGCGUCUGGUCAAUGGUUGAUACCCCAGAAACUAAAUUGAGUGGCUCUCUACUGCAAUCAUCGCCACCGUCACCAACAACUACGACUCCGGCCCAUAAGAUUCAGGAGGACCACGAUGGGGAAGAGGUCUACGAGGAUGCUUCCCCAUCAGCGGAAGUGGUGGUCGCAGAUACACGCAAACAUAGGUCAGUCAGUGAGCGCUCAUCUCGCAGACGAGCACUCUCACCCCUCGCGUCGCCAGCAAAUCUCUUCUCUCCAUCCCUGUCGCGAGCCCGGCACCUGAGAACCGCACGGCACCUCCCUACCGCCAUCAUCCAGAAGACAUGGGAGAUCCUUAUGAGUCCGCCUAGCCAUCUCGUGCAGAUAAUGGUUGAGAUUGCGGCGAAGAUCAAAGCCGGGCAGUGGCGCGGGGUUGUCUUCGGGGUUGAUGAGGGAGGGGAGGAAGUUGUUGGACAGUGGGACUAUGGCGAUGGGGAUUUCAUGUGUGAUCAGUGGGACGAUGCGGAUGUGGAUGACGACAGCUGGGAGAUCGAUUGAGUUGAUGGGGCGGCGAUGGUGUAGGAUUGACGACAAAUGGAUACUGUAUAAUGGAUAUGAUGGGUAUGAUAGGACAUUUCGCAGUAUAUACUGCACAGCA